UCGUGCAUUAGUAGUUGUUAUGUUAUUUUUAGACAACAAUGAGAACAUUUUCUGAAAUUAAACAUGUUUCGCCGAUUAUUAGCAGCAGAAGUUUCGAUAUAGUUCUUCAAUUCGUGUAUAACGAUUUUAUUUAUUUACUUAGCUUUACUAAGAAGCGAUGGUUAUCUCGAAAAACGGUUCAGCCAUUCAUCCCUGUAUUAAGGAGGUAAUUUUCGUUACAAAUGUAUCAGAACCCAACCGAGAGUUGUCAAGCAAACGAUUUUGCGAACUGCCUUCCUUACGAUAUGGUCCUAUGGGUGCCAAAGCUACAACGACGGGACCUUUGACGUUGAUAGAUAAUGCCAGUGAUAUUCAGAUAUCCAGAGAACGAAAAUAUUCCUGGAGCAACAACGAUUUGGAUAAGGACAGACCUAUCAGACCGCCUCGCCGCGUCAGGUUUACCCUGCCACCGCCCGAUGGCGCCACCGACACCGAUCCACCCCGACGCCGCCAGAGCGACGUCGGCGUCGGCUCGCGCGACGUAAACACGAAAAAAGCGACGCCGGCCGCCGUCUUCAGUCAACGACCGAUCGUCGCCGCGACGCGAAAUAUAACGAGCGGCAUCGUCAAAGCGGAGGAAAAGCGCGUGGAAAAGCCGCCGCCGCGAAGACGGAAAAGUCUAGCGCGACGUUUCGAAAAGUUCCGGCACCAUCAUCAGGCUAAGAGAGGUUACGAGUCGGAAGCAGUAGAAGUACCGGUUAGUGUCAGUCCAGGUGUCCGAGACAGAGUCCACCCGACUGGCCGCUACGUCAGAGGCACGCUGUCCCCCACGUCCAACCAGGGCCCCCAGGAGCCGCCCCUCACGCCAGGGGGGUUGGCGCUGCUGGGGGCCGCCCGCGAUGGGGACGAUCAGGCUCUCAGGGAUCUGCUGAGGAGAGCGCUGGCCAUUGGUAUCAGCGAUACGGAUUUGAAUGCUACUGAUUCUAGUGGAAGGACUAUUUUGAGCUACGUGGCGUCGAACGGAUCCUUCGAUUUAUUGGAGCUCAUUCUUCAACUGCCCGGCCUGGACCCCAACAAGCCCGACAACGAGGGCAACACGCCGUUGCAUUUUGCAGCCCAAGCAGGUCAAGUAGAAUGCCUGAACUGUUUAGCGAGUAGAUGUAGAGGAGUGGAGAUAGACGCAAGGAAUAACUUAGGAUUCACACCAUUGAUGAAGGCGGCCCUACAGGGCCGUAACAAAUGUGCCAAAUUGUUGUUGUUUGCAGGGGCCAAUCCAACGUUGAGGGACAACGGCCGUGGGUUCAGAGCUGACCAAUGGGCGAGGUUCUGCGGACGGUACGUGUGUGCCGACGUCAUAGAGAAGCACGCCAGGCAGAGGCUGUUGGAGAGGUCCACGUCUUACGGCCAUUGGGGGAUAGAGCACGAGAUGGGCGCCAGGGUGGUUAUGGGUAAAGUGGUACCGAUACCGCCUGUACCUCAGCCUCAAUCCAAUGGCCUAAAAUCCAAACUGAAGAAAGUUUUUCGCACGUCUUCCGGCCCAUCGUCCGACACUUUUUCCAGCGCCCGCCUCGUCACGCAGCUCACCUCGGCCGCUCUCUGCGCCAGCAGCCCCGUUCUUCCCAGCAGCGGUUCGGUGCCGCCCGUCAUCAAGUCCCUCAUCCGCCCCCUGACGGUACCCCGCCUCCAGAUCACCCUCGUUAACAACAACGGCGACUACCCCAACUGCAACCUGGAAAACGCGGAAAAUCCCGACUCGCAACCCACCACCAAGUCCAACCCCGACGAUAAAAUCGCGGGCUCGAACAACAAGGAGAACGCGGCCCAACCGGGCAACGGAGUCGUGGUCAACGGGAAAAAUGAAGCGAUCAAACCGUGCCGCAGCAAAAAGAAGAAAUAGCAUGAGUGCUACCUGUGUAGAUGCUACUAAUUAUACUGGUCUGCAUAAUGAUUUUUUUUCUCGAGAUCUGGCACCAUUCAUGUUGAUUCUUAUGUAAAAUGACGUCCUGAAUCCAUGCAUUUAAUUUGGAGGAUGAAAGGAAUUAUUUCAGCUGUAAAUAAUAUAGUUGAUUGAAAGAAUUGGGAAGAUCCGCAACCUAAUGGGCGAAUUCGUGACAAGGCUUAUUUGAUUUCC